AUGUCCUCUCCUUCAAAUCAUGAAGCCGCAUUUCAUGACCUCGCCCAGAUCCUUUCAGCUAGAUACCAAAACAACGAGGUUCUCGAGAUCGAGAUACUUCCUCCUGGUCUAGGUCCCCUCCUACAGGAUGGUACCUCGGUUGGCGUCACCAAGAAGUACUUAGCCCAGGCUUUCGUCACAGCAAGACGCAAUUUCUUCGGCGCUUUGAACGGGAAAUCCCUCGAUGGGCCUGGACAUGACAACAUUCCCUCCCAACCUGGGCACUGGAAUUCCCCUUCGGAUGAACUCCUCCUUGUGUCCACGGAGAUCAUUCUCCUCUUUGACUGCGAGCAUUUGACGGCAUGCAAUUGGCGCAGGAGACACUUGGCUGCUUCUCUUCAGCGCCACGAUUUCGCUGAUUAUGAUAAUGAGCGUCUUCGGUCGCUCAUCGAUGCUUUGAGCAAGGAACUCUCGUUGACCAAGACAUUUCUCUGUUCUCCAUUGCAACGACAUACCAAAUCCCCGACAUUGUGGAAUUAUCGCUCAUGGCUCCUGACUCGCUUGAUGCGCCUUCAACAGCGGCCCUUGGAGCAGCUGGAUGAGCUCUCGCACGAAGUGAUCCUAGGGAUUUUGAAUGACGAACUGGCCAUAGUCCUUCGGGCUGGAGAACUCCACCCUCGGAAUUACUACGCCUUUACUUAUCUAAGGGAGGUCGUUGGUGCCGCUUCGGGCAUAGGUGAUGGUGGUCAAGAUGCCUCUACGCUACUGGCUGAAUCUAUGAUACAGAAAGCCCUGCAGUGGUGUAUAGCCCACCCUGCCGACAUAUCUGGAUGGGCGUUUACUGAGUUCUUACUCGAAAGAAUCCCCCAAUAUGAGAUCCGCAGUGAUGCGGUGCGUCAGGUGAUACAGUUCGCCCUGGAUAUCGGUUGGGAGGGCGAGAGUCUGUGGAUAUUUGUGUACUCAGCGUCAAUCAAUCUAGAUGUCGAUUGUUUGACUGAAGAUGGGCAAUGGGCGUCCCAGUGGGAUGCGUUGCCGGAACAUCCGCUACCAAGGACAAGGUCGAAGGGUGGUUGGAAGGUCUGGCUGGAUUGGGCCAGGGCUGUCUGGACUGCUGGCCCGGCGGUCAAUUAG